CUUCUCUAUUAUAGAAGUAAUACUAACAUUAAUAAUUGUAUGUAUUUGGGAGUGUGGUCAUUACUUCCCAUGCUUGAUGGCAGAUUUUCUUCAUUAAAGAGAUUUAUAGUAUAAUCCUAAUUUCUUUGUCUAGUUGUAAACUGGUUCUUUUACCUUGCUUUUACCACUGUAUGUUUCAUAAAAUAAGAAACAAAGUUAUAUUUUUAGACUAUUAUUUUCUGGUAUGCCAAAAAAUGAAUGUUAAUUUAUAUUGUCUGAUAUUAACAGUAUUUUAAACAUUAAAUAAAGUACAAUACAGCUGUAUGUGUACAGUAUAAGAUUCGUUGGAACACAGAAAGAGUAGUCCUUCUUGUUCUGUUUCUCCCCGCCUACAAAAUGACACGCUUGCUUCCUGGAAAGUGGUGUCAACCUUAGCUGAAACUGAAACUUACUGUGAAUCCUGGGCUCCUUGAAUGUGAACAGACUAAGAAGAGCCUAAACUGCUGGAGGACAACAUUUGCUAAAAACACCACUGUUUUCUUUCAUUUGACCACUGAACAAAGAUCUACAGUAGUGUGGAUUAUUCCAGCGACAUUUUGGCCUGCUAGAGAAACCUCUCCUCCCUCUCAAUGGACACCUCAAUGAGAUAUUUUACUGUACCCUCUCUUGAUCUGGAAUAUCUCCUGUCGGUGAAAGGGAAAAUCCAUCAGAAAGGAUUGCAGGAUUCACUCUUGAAAACCAAUCUUGACUUCUCUAUCCAAGCCCUGGAGGCCUUUCCUGCAUCCAAGCGGCAUAACGUCUCACUAACAUUGGAAGGAGAGUACCACCUAGUGCGUCUCACCGCCGGGACACCUGUCCUGUCCUACGUGGUACAUGUGGGCUCAAACGGGCCACAGCUCCACCAAAAGAUCAAUGCAGAAUCUCGACUCACGUCCUCCAGCCUGGCAGAAAGCCACUUUGCAGGACAUCGCUGCCGUGAUGAGUUAGAAAGCUGCUUCGAGCAGGCUAAAAAAGUCCUGGCUGACAAAAACCCAUCAGUUCUGGAUCACAUGGAGCUCAAGAUCACAUGUGGAGAGCUGCACCUCACAUACAGCACCAAUCAGCCUCUGCACACCGUCCACAUCCAGCCACGCCGUAGAGUUUCCUUGGGCAAAAUGCUGUCCCUAGAGAAGAUCCUAGAGACAAAGAUGCACCUGGAGAAAAGUGGAGAGAUGAGGAAAGACCUGCUGACAUGUUUUCACUACUUGCUGCAGCACUCUAACCAGUAUCUGGAGGAGAACAUGCAAAUCAUUCUUCAGGGUGAUGGGGAGAUGCUGGAGUUUGUCAAGGGCGGAUCAGACAACUAUAUGACUCAGUACUUAAUCUUCACAGAUGCCCAGAACAAAGCUCACAGUCAGCGGGUCUAGGACAUGGACUUGUGGAUGCAUAAUUAGGAAUCAUGGAACUGUUGCUUCCAUCUCUGUUAUAGAGGAGAACACCAGGCAUAUUAGGUUAUUUUUUAUUGAAGGAUGCAUAACUAAAAUAACAUAAUACUAACAUUAAUAAUUGUAUGUAUUUGGGGGUGUGGUCAUUAUUUCCCAUGCCAGAUGGCAGAUUUUUUUUUUUUUAAUGGACAGAUUUAUAGUAUAUUCCUGAUCUCUCUGUCCAGUUCUUUUACCAUGCAACUGUAUGUUUAAUAAAAUCAGAAAUAAAGUUCCGUCAUGACAACUCUCGGAAGGAUUGGCAUGGUAAUGUACAUGACAAUGUUAAUGUGUUUGGUCUUGGUGGAAUAGAUUUGCUACGCUGCUGCUGCGGCAGAGCAAGUACCGAGACUUGCUUAUGACAAUACAUCCACAACAUGCUGCUAUAAGCAUGUAAGAAAUACUGCUGCUCCACAUAUAACAUACACAAAAUAACCCCCAUAUAGCAUAUAUGAAUCACCCCAUAGCAGAUCGAUACAGGUGGAGCUGGGGAAGGUGGAGGGUUUCUGAAGCAAGCUGCAACUGCUACAGCAAUACAGGAGAGAACCAAUCAGCUGUGCCAUGUGAUAAUGAUGUCAUUAUGUCAGACUGAUUUAGACCUAUCGGACUGCGCUAUCUAGAGUUUCAUGCCAGAACUUGUAUUUCUGUCAUGACAACUCUUAGAGGGAUUGGCAUGGUAAUGUCCAUGAAAAUGUUAAUGUGUUUGGUCUUGGCGGAAUUGAUCUGCUACGCUGCUGCUGUACUGAGUACCGAGACUUGCUCCUGCCAAUACAUCCACAACAUGCAGCUGUUAGCAUGUAAGAAAUAAUGCUGCUGCACAUAUACAUUAAAUAACUCCCCACAAAGCAGGAGACAUAUAAUGGACAAUACAAGCCAAAAACAUGAACAAAAAAGCCCCAACAAACAGAUCUAUUGCCAAGACAUAUGUACUGCUGCUGUACAUAUGAGCCAUUUGAACCGCAUGUAUUGCUAUCUAUGUGUGCCUGGGCUAUCACACUGACCGGCUUAACAUUAAUAGCCUAUGACUAUGUGUGCCUGGGCUUCCACGCCAACUGGCUUAACUCUAAUUAGACAUAAUAUAAACAGUCUUCCUUUGUUUUCUGAAGUACACAGCACAGCCAGAACACAUGUCACAUGAACACAUUCCUCUGAACUACACUACCCAUGAUGCAUUUCAUUUGGGACUACAACAACCGUAGAUAGUGAUCUUAAGUGAUAACUCUUAUUUCUCUUCUUCCAUAACAAUGUCAUUAAUAUGACAGUGAGAAGCGUGUGCUUCUGACACUGUGUGUGUAAUGGCUCAUAUCUGCGUUGUGUGUAAUAACUAAGACAACCAACACCAUUUCGUGCCUCGGGUGGAUCAUUUAAUUCUGUUAAAACAUAUUCAAAUGAAGUGAUCAGUUCCACAGCAUUCUUACACGAUGUCCACUCUCUUUGCUGGUGUGAAUAUUACUGUAACAUUUUCAAGAGUAGAUACACAACACAAAACAGUUUCCAACAUGCCGCCAGCCAAUGAACAGGGAGUGCGGUUCUAUUAUAAUUAAAGGGCCAUACACAUAUAAUAACCAAAGCAAGUGGAAACACCUUUUUGAACUUG